GAGCUAGCUUUCAAACAAAGAAUCAUGGCUGGUUUUGUUGGGGAAGCUGUUUUGUCUGUUUUCAUCGAGAAGCUGGUUGACAUGGUCACCUCCCCUGAGCUCUGGAAUUUCGCUAGCGAAGAGCUUGUCCACUCUGAGCUCAACAAGUGGAAGACAAUUUUGAUGAAGAUCUAUGCAGUCCUCCAUGACGCAGAGGAGAAGCAAAUGACGAACCCCCGGGUGAAGAUGUGGCUUGACGAGCUUGGAGAUUUGGCUUAUGAUGUGGAGGACAUCUUGGACGGCUUUGCCACUGAAUCUUUGCGACGCAAUUUGAUGGCAGAAACUCAUCCUUCCGGCACUGAACGUAGCACAAGUAAGUUAUGGAGCCUCAUCCCUUCUUGUUGUACUAGUUUCACUCCAAAUGCUAUUAAGUUUAAUGCAGAGAUGUUGUCCAAGAUCAAGAUGAUCACUACCAGUUUACAAGAAAUUUCUGCACAAAAAAGUGAUCUCCAUUUAACGGAGAAUAUUUCUGGGGAGAGGUCUACCAAAACAAGGGAAAUGCUACCCACCACUUCUUUAGUUGAUGAAUCCCGUGUUUAUGGUAGGGAAACAGAUAAAGAAGCCAUAGCCAAUUUGUUGCUCAGGGAUGAUCCAUCUACUGAUGAAAUCUGCGUAAUUCCUGUUGUCGGUAUGGCCGGUAUUGGCAAAACUACUCUCACUCAACUUGCAUUCAACGAUGAUGAAGUAAAGGAUCAUUUUGAUUUGAGAGUUUGGGUCUAUGUUUCUGAUGAUUUUGAUGUCUUGAAGAUAACGAAAACGAUUUUACAAUCAGUUUCUCUGGCUACUCAGAAUGUUGAUGAUCUUAAUUUGCUUCAGAUGGAAUUAAGGGAGAAACUUUCCGGGCAGAAAUUUCUUCUUAUCCUAGACGAUGUUUGGAAUGAGAACUAUGAUUCAUGGGAUCUUUUGUGCAUGCCAAUGAGAUCAGGGGCACCGGGCAGUAAGCUUAUUGUCACAACUCGUAAUGAAGGAGUUGUAUCAAUCACUGGAACUCGUCCAGCUUAUUGUCUUCAGGAGUUAUCAUACGAAGAUUGUUUAUUUGUAUUCACUCAACAAGCAUUAAGGAGAAGUAACUUUGAUGCCCAUUCACACUUGAAAGAAGUUGGUGAGGAAAUAGUGAGAAGGUGUAAGGGCUUGCCUUUGGCAGCAAAGGCCCUUGGUGGCAUGUUGCGCAACCAAGUAAGUCAUGAUGCAUGGGAAAAUAUUUUAACAAGCAAGAUAUGGGAUCUACCCGAAGACAAAAGUCGCGUUCUUCCUGCUCUCAAGUUAAGCUACAAUCAUCUCCCAUCUCAUCUGAGGAAGUGUUUUGCCUAUUGUUCGAUAUUUCCGAAAGGCUAUGAAUUCGACAAAGAUGAAUUAGUCCAAUUAUGGAUGGCUGAGGGUUUUUUCGAACAAACAAAGGAAGCAGAAGACUUAGGUUUUAAAUACUUCUAUGAUUUAUUGUCAAGGUCAUUUUUUCAACAAUCUAAUCACGAUUCAUCUCGAUUUGUGAUGCAUGACCUAAUCAAUGAUCUUGCUCAAUAUGUGGCAGGAGAAAUAUCCUUUAACUUGGAGGGUAUAUCGGUGAAUAAUAAACAACACUCCAUUUUUAAAAAGGCUCGUCAUUCAUCUUUCAACCGCCAAGAGUAUGAGAAGUUUGAAAGAUUCAAAGCCUUUCAUAAGAUGAAGUGUUUGCGAACACUGGUCGCAUUGCCAUUGAAUGCAUUUUCUAGAUAUCACUUCAUCCCAAAUAAGGUACUAGAUGACCUCAUAAAGCAAUUUAAAUGUUUACGUGUAUUAUCUUUAAGUGGCUAUUACAUAAGUGGAGAGCUACCACAUUCGAUUGGUGAUUUGAGACAUUUACGUUAUCUCAAUUUGUCAAACUCUUCAAUAAAAAUGCUACCUGACUCAGUGGGUCAUCUUUAUAAUCUACAGACAUUGAUAUUAUCAGAUUGUUGGAGACUCACUAAGUUGCCUAUUGUGAUUGGAGACCUAAUCAAUCUUCGACAUAUUGAUAUUUCUGGUACAAGUCAACUACAAGAGAUGCCUUCCGAGAUCAGCAACCUAACAAAUUUGCAAACAUUAUCGAAAUAUAUUGUGGGCGAAAAUAAUAGUUUGAGAAUAAGAGAAUUGAAGAACUUGCAGGAUCUUCGAGGAAAGCUUUCCAUUUCAGGGUUGCAUAAUGUGGUGGAUAGUCAAGAUGCGGUGGAUGCUAAGUUAGAAGAAAAGCACAACAUUGAAGAGUUGACGAUGGAAUGGGGCAGUGAUUUUGUUAAGUCACGAAAUGAAAUGAACGAGAUGAAUGUUUUGGAGGGGCUACGACCACCUAGAAACUUGAAAAAGCUCACAGUGGCAUCUUAUGGUGGAUCAACAUUUUCAGGUUGGAUAAGGGACCCCUCAUUCCCAUCAAUGACACAAUUAAUUCUAAAGAAUUGCAAGAGAUGCACCUCAUUACCAUCUCUCGGCAAAUUAUCCUUCCUCAAGACCUUGCAUAUCGAGGGGAUGAGUGAAAUUAGAACCAUAGAUGUGGAGUUCUAUGGAGGGGUUGCCCAACCUUUUCCAUCCCUGGAGCUUCUCAAGUUUGAGGAUAUGCUGAAAUGGGAGGACUGGUUUUUUCCUGAUGCAGUUGAAGGACUUGAAUUAUUUCCACGCCUUAGAGAGCUUACCAUAAGAAACUGCUCAAAGUUGGUUAAACAGUUGCCUGAUCGCCUGCCAUCCUUGGUGAAACUGGGCAUCUCUAAUUGUCAAAAUCUGGCAGUUCCUUUCUUAAGAUUUGCAUCUCUUGGUGAACUAGAGAUAGACGAAUGCAAGGAGAUGGAGUUGAGAAGUGGGGUGGUUGCAGAUAGUGGGGAUCAAAUGACAUCUAGGUGGGUUUACAGUGGUCUUCAAAGUGCAGUGUUUGAACGCUGUGACUGGCUUGUAUCAUUGGAUGACCAAAGACUGCCUUGCAAUCUGAAAAUGUUGAAGAUAGUCGACUGUGUUAACCUCAAGAGCCUGCAAAAUGGAUUGCAAAGUCUCACUUGUCUUGAAGAGCUGGAAAUAGUGGGAUGCCGCGCACUAGACUCAUUUCGAGAGAUAGAUUUGCCGCCCAGGCUGAGACGUCUUGUGCUGCAGAGAUGCAGCAGUCUCAGGUGGCUGCCCCAUAACUACAGCUCUUGUCCCCUUGAAUCCCUGGAGAUCAGGUUUUGUCCAUAUCUCGCCGGCUUUCCAAGUGGUGAGCUACCGACCACACUCAAGCAACUGACUGUUGCAGAUUGUAUGCGUCUAAGGUCUCUACCAGAUGGAAUGAUGCACCCCAAUUCCACCCACAGCAACAACGCUUGUUGCCUUCAAAUAUUGAGGAUACAUGAUUGCCAGUCUCUCGUGUCCUUCCCAAGAGGGGAGUUAUCCUCCACCCUGAAGCGGCUUGAGAUUCGGCAUUGCUCCAACUUGGAGUCAGUAUCAAAGAAAAUGUCGCCCAGCAGUAGAGCUCUUGAGUAUUUAGAGAUGAGGAGUUAUCCCAAUCUGAAAAUCCUGCCACAAUGCCUUCACAACGUCAAGCAGCUCAACAUAGAAGACUGUGGAGGUCUGGAGGGGUUUCCAGAAAGAGGGUUGUCCGCCCCCAACCUCAGAGAGCUUCGUAUUUGGAGAUGUCAGAAUCUCAAGUGCUUGCCGCAUCAAAUGAAAAACCUCACAUCCCUUCAGUUUCUCAACAUAGGGCAUUCUCCGAGAGUGGAUUCCUUCCCGGAAGGGGGUUUGCCCCCCACCCUAAAAUUUCUUUCAGUUGUAAAUUACAAGAAUCUGAAGACGCCCAUAUCUGAGUGGGGCCUCCACACCCUCACCUCUCUUUCAACAUUGAAGAUUUGGGGAAUGUUUGCAGACAAGGCUUCCCUUUGGGACGAUGAAUUUCUUUUCCCUACAUCUCUCACCAACCUUCAUAUCAGCCAUAUGGAAUCCCUGGCCUCCCUGGACCUCAACAACAUCAUCUCUCUUCAACACCUAUAUAUCGGUUCCUGUCCUAAGCUCCACUCCUUGACACUGCGGGAUACAACACUUGCAAGUCUUGAAAUCAUUGACUGUCCUCUUCUUCAGAAAACAAAUUUUCCCUUCAGUGCCCACAUCCCCAAAUUCAGAAUGAGUGGCAGGGUAAUGCAUUCUACGGGUGCUGGAAAAGAAAUGAAAGCAGAAAGCCAUUCAACUCUUUCCAUGCAUUCUCCAAUCAGGGAUCUGGCUUAAUAAGGAUAUGGAAAGUAGUGCACAAGGAAAAAAGAAGAAAGAGAGAGAUGAGACAUGAUCCAUUCUCUUGAUGUAUAGGUGACCUUGGCUUGGCUGCAGUUCUUAAUUGGGGGUUUUCUAUUAAAUUUGUGAUUCCCUUUCUAGUUCUCUACCUCUGGUUCUGGAUUAAGGAAACUUAUAUGACAUUCUCUUCCACCUUCAACAGAAUCAUGGCCUCCAAAUUUCUCCAUUUUAUGUGUUUCCAAUUCUUCUUACAUGCAAUAUGACGGAUCAUUCUUCCUAAGAAUUCUUCUUUCUCUAGUCAAGAAAUGAAAGCAAUCAAAUAGGAAAAAAAAGGUGAAUAUUAAAUGCAAAACUUCCUAAUCAUUAACUGCUGCCUAUUCACACGCAGAUGCAUAAUUUUCAAGAUUUAAGAGCCUGGGAAGUUCUAUCAUCUUUUGCAGUAUUGUGGAUGGUCACUUCAGCCAAUAAAUACUAUUUCACAGCCAACUCUGGAAAGGGCUGCCUGCUACACUCUCAAAACUGGUGGUAAGAGGAUGUGGGGAGGUGACAUCUUUGUAGGAGAGCAGGUUUUGAUUAGAUUGCCAUGAUGGUCUUGAAAGUAUAGAAAUCUGGCAGUGCCAUGGACUUGUAUUCUUGGAGGAGCAAGGGCUGCCUCACAAUCUUAAAUAUUUGAAACCAGAAAACUGUGCUAACCAGGAGAAGCAGAAGACUCUGCAGUUUGGCCUCCAACCUUGCGCCACUUUCUAUCAGAGAUUGUGUGAAUCCGAAGCUGCCAUUAUCGGAGUAGGGCUUCCACGGGCUCACUUCUCUUUCACCAUUGUAUUUUUCUGUCCUAUGUCCAGGUCUGGCUUCUCUAUCAGAUGAUGACUGUCUUUUUCCUACCACUCUGAGCAAAUUUUCGAUUAGUAAACUGGAUUUCAUCUCAUAUCCGUCUUUCAAAAACCUCCUUUCUCUUGAAAGUACAUCCAUCUAUAGUUGCCCUAAGCUCCAGUCCAAAGGGAUUCCUGAAACACUUCCAAGACUUGAGAUAAGGGACUGUUAACAAUGUUCCAAGAUGAAUUCCAUGUUUUCUACAU